UCAUUAUUAACCGAGUCAGUAAGAGGGUUUCGCCAGUAUUGCCAGAGCUGGCACCUAGACUAGUGGCAAGCUACUCCCGCUACCUUUCAACAAAAUGACAUCCGUAUUUGAGAAAACCCUGUCAUACGAAACAUUCAAGGAGGCUGCGUCUGUCAUCCGAAAUUAUGCCUCAGAACACAGAGGUCUGGGCUACAUCGCCUGUGGAGCCGUUGUCUUUGGAUUCGGUCCAAUGCUUCGGAAAAAAUUUUUUGCAUGGUUCAACAAUCAGGUGACGAAAAUGAAAAAUGAAGAAUAUGAGGCUCUUAAGAGAGAAGCAUUCGCAGGGCUUGCCACACAGCAGUCUUCCGACCCAGAAUUCCAGAAAGUCAGUGCUCUUAAGAUUCUGGAGAUUGGAGUAGGCAGUGGAACAAACUUCAGCUUCUACCCAGAUGGUUCUCACCUGACUGUGGUAGAUCCCAAUCCGUACUUCGCUGAUUACUACAUGCAGAAUAGGAAGAAGUUUCCUAACAUUAAAGCAGAAACUGUUAUUGUCUCAUAUGGUGAAGAUAUGGAUAUGGUAGAGAGCAACAGUGUAGAUGCUGUAGUUAUUACACUUGUUUUAUGCAGCGUCAAAGAUGUUGCCAAAGUAGUCAGCCAGAUCAAACGUGUCCUUGUUCCGGGUGGAAAGUUUUACUUCAUAGAGCACAUCCAGGAAUGGGACCAGAGUUCUCACGGAUAUCGGUGGUUCAUUCAAAAUCUCUUGACAUGGUCUAGGAUUUGGCCUUUCUUUUUCGAGGGAUGCAACCUGAACCGUAAUCCCCUUCCAUUCAUACAGUCAGUAGGUUUCUCGGAAGUUCAGUAUGAGAGAUUAUAUGCUCCCAUGCCUGCCAAAGUUUUUAUGGUUGCAUCACCUCAUGUAAGGGGUGUUGCUACAAAAUAAGUUUUUUUUAAUGGUAAUUGGGGCAAAACUAUAGGUUUAUAUUGUGAUGAUGUAUUCGAUUGUCUGUGGUACUAUUUUUAUACCCAAAAAUGCUCAUAGGAAAAUAUGUAUAUAUUUUAUUGAUUUUUUAAAAAAGACUAAAGAGAACACCAAGGAAAGUCAUUGCAUUUUAUACUUGCACAUGAUUAUAGAAUUGUUAAUAUUCUGUGAUAUAAAUUGAUCAUGUGUAUACUUAGAAAACACUUUUGUAGUGUUAUUAAAGACAUUAUUUAUACUUAUGUACUGGGAAGAACUCAUUUAACGACACACAUUAGCUGAACUCUCACUUGGCUUAGAAUCUUGAGGGAGCAUGAAGUAACCAAGAAACAUGGAUACGAAGUUACACAAA